AUGAAGGCCAACACCGCUGCACUCGCCGCCCUGCUGGCAGCAACAGCCGCAGCCGUGCCCAUGCCCACCGCGGACGCCGCCGCCGCCGCCGCCCUCUUGCCCAGCACCGUGUCGUCCUACACGACCGUGGUCCCGACGGGCACCUCGUACCCAAAGACAACAUUCGUCGUGGACUUCAUCUCCACCAGCUUCCCGGCCCCGUUCGGGCCCAUCAGCACGAUAACCAGCAGCCGGGCAAUCGGCACCCAGACAGAGCCGCACAAGAUAUUUGACCCGAUAAUAAGCAACCCGCCUGACGAGGGCCGGCUCGAGCCGUGCAUAAUGCCUUGGGGCUGCCGGAACCCGCCCGGCGACGGGCCGUAUUCGAGCAGCAAGGUGCUGCCGCCCGGCAGCACCAUCACCCUGCCUACCGAGCGGAACGAGCCCGCCUCUAGCCUUGAGACUGGUCGUGCGUGGCGGACAAUGGUCUAG